AUGGUUCGCUCAUAUCGGUACGUGUGGCCGCGCACAAACCCCUCAAACUAUACUAAUGGCCAGAUAGAAAGUACGAGCCGGCUAAAACAUUCGGCACUGUCAAUACUGGGACCUCGAACUCAGUCUGGACCGCCGAUCAAUCGAGUCGAAAUCGAAAUGCUGGCUCUGGACGAGCUUUCGUUGGCGCAAACGAAGAGGUGCUAUGCUGGGACGUAAAGAAGGGGGAAUUGUUGUCGCGAUGGCACGAUAAAGACAACCGAAGUGCCGUCACAUGCAUAUCGCAAUGCCACGUCCAACCAGACCUCCUCGCAGUCGGAUAUACAGACGGUUCGAUACGAAUAUGGGAUGCUCUGUCCGGACAGAUUGUCGUCAGCUUCAAUGGACAUCGCAGUGCAGUCACGCUCUUGCAAUUCGACCGUGAAGGCUCGCGGCUCGCUAGUGGCAGUAGAGACACCGAUAUCAUCGUAUGGAACCUGCUCUCCGAGACUGCUGAGUUCAGACUUCGCGGGCACAAAGAUCGAAUCACCGGUCUUUCAUUCCUACGUGCUCCUGUGUCGGCUCAGGCUGACAUGUACGAUGGCGUCGCUGCAAGCGAGCAGGACUACGAGGAGCGGUACCUACUGUCUACUUCAAAGGACGCGCUCAUCAAGAUCUGGGACCUAUCGACACCACAUUGCAUAGAAACACACGUCGCACAGACUAGUGGCGAGUGCUGGGCGCUCGGUGUCAGUCCAGAUGGCGCAGGCUGUAUUACAGCCGGCAAUGACGGCGAGCUCAAGGUCUGGACCGUCAAUACCAAUGUUCUAUCGCAGCUGAGCAAUGGGCUUGGAGAAGGCAAAAAGGUCGAUGUGCUGACCAGCUCGGGCAUCAUUCAUCGACAGGGCAAAGACCGCACAACUGGAAUCGCCUUCCAUCCUAAGCAGGACUACAUCGCUAUUCAUGGCUCCGAGAAAGCGGUCGAGCUUUGGCGAAUUCGAUCUGCUGAUGACCUUCACCGACACAUGCAGCGCAAGCGGCGAAGACGAAGAGAGAAGGCUGCUGCUGCUGGUGAAACACUUGGACCCGAGAAGGAAGAAGCUCUGGGUACUCCAGAAGUCAAUGAAAUUUUCGUGCCGUAUGUAAUAAUUCGGACGGGGGGAAAGGUCCGUUCAGCGAAUUGGGUCACGAGUGGCUCCAAAAGCGCAAAGACUCUGCAGCUCCUCGCCGCAACGACGAACAACCAAUUGGAACUUUACAAUGUAAUAUCUCAUCGCGCACAGGAGAAGACCGGCAGCAGAGACGCGCCGGAGUACAACCGCUCUCUGGCAGUAGAGCUACCUGGGCAUCGUACUGACAUUCGUACUCUGUCGCUGUCUUCCGACGACCGGAUGCUCGCCAGCGCCUCAGCAGGAGCUCUCAAAAUCUGGAACUUGCGAACUCAGUCUUGUCUCCGAACACUGGAAUGUGGCACUGCUCUGUGUUCUUCGUUCCUACCAGGAGAUAGGAUGGUACUUGUCGGGACCAAAUCUGGAGAGCUUGAAUUGUACGAUAUCAGCACAAGUACUUUGGUAGAGAAGAUCCAAGCGCAUGACGAUGCCAUCUGGACGCUUGCCGUGCACCCCGACGGCAAAUCGGUCGUGACUGGCGCAAAAGACAAGUGCGCUAAGUUCUGGCGGUUCGAUGUUGUAGAUGAAGAGAUUCCAGGGACAAGGCGAACCACGCAGCGGCUGAGGCUGGCGCAAACACGACAGCUGAAAGUUUCGGACGAGGUUCUGUCAGUCUGCUUCUCGCCCGACGAGAAAUACUUGGCACUCAGCACUCUCGAUAACACAGUCAAGCUGUUUUUCGUGGACAGCUUGAAGCCAUACCACAUUCUCUAUGGCCACAAGUUGCCCGUGUUAGACAUCAGUAUAAGCAGCGAUUCAAAGCUCAUCGCAACAUGCUCGGCCGACAAGAACGUGAGGGUUUGGGGUAUGGACUUUGGCGACUGCCACAAGGCUUUCUUUGCCCACCAAGACAGCGUUAUGCAGGUCGCUUUCAUAUCCCAUCCCGUCGAGCAAGACGAAAAGCACAUGGUAAUCAGUGCCAGUAAAGAUGGCGUCCUCAAGACAUGGGAUGGCGACAAAUUUGAACAGGUCCAAAAGCUUGAGGGCCACCACGGGGAGAUCUGGGCCAUGGCUGUCAGUCGAACAGGGGAGACCAUUGUCACUGCUUCGCACGACAAGAGCAUCCGAACAUGGGAGGUUGGCGAUGACCUGGUCUUCCUCGAAGAAGAGCGCGAGCGCGAAUUGGAAGAGAUGUACGAAGCGACGUUGGCACAGAACAUGGAUCGCGAUUUCCAGGGUAAUGAAGACCAAGAUGGGGAAGUGGCCGCUGCGAGCAAACAGACCAUCUCCACUCUCACGCAUGGCGAGAAGAUCAUGGAGGCACUUGAAGUCGGCAUCACGGACCUGGAACUCAUGCGCGCAUACGAAAGAGACAAGGUCCACAACCCCAGAAUGGCGGUGCCACAGCGGAAUCCCAUCUUCCUCGCUCUCGGAAACAUCACAGCAGAACAGCAUGUUCUGCGCACUUUACAAAAGGUCCCGACGCCAGCACUAAAUGACGCACUCCUCGUCAUUCCGUUCAGUACUCUACCGACGCUCUUCACCUUCCUCGCCAUCUUCCUGCAGAAGAGCAUGGCACCCGAACUGGCAUGGCGAAUAAGCUACAUCAUGUUGCAGGCACACAUGACACAGAUCGUAGCUUCGAAGCAGCUCAAGCCACUGCUCAUGGACGUGUUCGAGGCGUACGAUCAAUGGCAGGAAAAGCAGAGCAAGAUCAUGGGCUUCAACUUGGCUGGCCUCGAGAUCAUGAGCCGAGAAGCGAGGGACAAUGAGAGCGGAGGAUAUCUCGAUGAGCCGGUAGAAGAGGAGGAGGAGGAGGGCAAAGGGAGAAAGAAGCGGGCUUUCGCUAGUGUACAAUAA